AUGUUGAUUUCGUCGGCCUAGACCAUGUGUUCGUAUGUAAAUCGGGUUGUUUUGCCCGGUGACGAGAUAGAAAACCUUAAAGAAUCAGAAAAAACCCACAAAGUUUUGUUAGGGCCGGGGCUGUACAGAGAGGCGGACAGUGUGUUUGCAUCCAAACCCGGGGUAUUAAAGUUUAAAGAGCCAAAUGUGUACUGGGUAGAUUGUCAACAACGAAGGUAUGUGCCGGCUCGAGGAGAUGGGGUGAUAGGCGUGGUGAUGGCAAAGGCUGGAGACGUCUUUAGGGUGGAUGUAGGGGGCAGUGGAUUGGCUACUUUGUCCUACCUUGCCUUUGAGGGGGCGACCAAAAGAAACAGGCCUGAUGUUAAGGUGGCUGAUCUGAUUCAUGCUCGGUUUAUUGUGGCCAACAAAGACAUGGAGCCCGAACUAACGUGUAUAGACGGCCAAGGACGGAGUAGUGGCUUCGGGGUACUGCGUGGAGACACAUGCUUUAUGCUCACAUGUUCCAUCAACUUAUGUCGACAGAUACUGACACCUCAAUGUGUGCUGAUGAAAUCCCUUGGGAAGGGCAUUCCUUUUGAAAGUGUUGUAGGCCUGAAUGGCAGAGUUUGGGUGAAAACCAGAUCUGUGAAAGAGACAAUCGCUGUAGUGAAUGCUAUCCAGGCUGCAGAAAAUAUGACAAAUGAUCAGAUUAAGUCCAUGUGCACUCGUCUCAUGGACUCUUUAGCAGGGUUUUCAUCUGAAGAAAUGGAGACAUAACGGCAGUGAAUGCAGGACUGAUAUUUGGUUGUUGUUGUAUAUGUCCUGAUUGCAGAAACAAGGAAAGUUCUGAAUGCUCAAUCAUGAACACUCAUUUUGUACCUCGUGGCAGAAUGUUUUGGCGUUGGCCACAUUUCAUUCUUACAUGCAAACUCACGAUUUUGUCUGACUUUAUGAGUGUCUCCAAGAAAUGAGAAAUAAGUGUGCUGAAACAGUGCCCUAAUUCUUCUAAUUUUUGGAACAGAUAUUAGUAGUGCUGAAAACUGGAUAUAAUAUCUCUUUCCAAGCUUUGUGGAAAAAUAAAGAUAUGGGUAUGUUGUUCAUUAGAUGAACUUACCAUGUAAGAAAAAGAAACUUGAUAUUCUGGCUACAAUAACAUGUUCACUGGCUAAAAAGAGCCGACCAGGUGUCCCAAAAAUAAGAAGAAAUAGGGUAAGCCCAGGGUGGUUUCUGUGUGACUCUCUGUGAUAAAUCUGGAUAUUUUGACUGGGUAGCUGUACAGAGCUCUCUACCUUUGCUAAUACUCCAUUAGAGCUGUACAUUCUUUCAUUUACCUUUCUUGGAAUAGUGGUGCCAGAGUUCUGCCGUCUCGCACCUCAUGCACUUGUGUCCCUAGCUAAAGUACAGACCUGCAACAAUUGUUCCGUGGUGGCCUGCUGGUCUAACAUCGGCCCAUGUUUAAAUGAAACCAACUAGUAAUGGCGACCACGUCCCGUAUGUAAACACUGACUAGUGACUUCCAUAACUCAUGUCACUGAAGAUAUUUACAGAAAGAUUUCAUUUGAGUGAGUGCUUGGGGUUUCAACAAUUUUUCAGUCAUAUGACGACGAAGGAUUCCUUGGGGUAUAUGUAAUGUGCCUCCUUGUAGCAGGACAGAUUUGCAUCGCUCUUUUAUCUAGUGCUGCUUCACUCAGACAACUUACCGAAGGCAAGUAAGGCGCCCGCCCGAGCCAUUAUACUGAUACGGGGCAACCAGUUGUUGCACUAUUCCCUUCAUGCUGAACGCCAAGCGAGGAAGUUACAACUUCCUCUUUUAAAGCCUUAGGUGUGACUUGACCAAGGAUUGAUCCUGGAUCUACCGUUCCCGAAGCGGACGCUCUACCAACUGUGCUAUCCGGGUCGGUAGAUUUCAUUUGAUGACCGACAUAAAAUUAAAACUAAUCUGUAACUGGGGCAAAUUUAGUACAGUAUCUAAAGUCAACAUAAAGUCUGUCACUAUAUAUAUAUAUAUAGAAAAAAGGAUAUAGGACACAGUUAUCACAGAAAAAUAAAUUCCAUAAAGUUCUGAAAGCUGAGAAUGUGAAGUUCAGACGGACAAUUCACUCCAAAUAGCCAUGUUGUAGAAGCCCUUAUGAACUUGGCCAGUAGCUAGUGCUGACAGUGUCGAGUGGUAGUUGGCUGUCACGUCAAGAAACUUAUUAGCUCUCGAUUGUCAAUGUGGUUUCUUAUAGUGGAUAGACAAAUAUUGAUGCAAUAUAUUGGAUUUUGCGGUUAGUUUAAGCUUUAAACCAAUGCCUUUUGAACUACACAUGUAUGAACAGGGAACUGAUAAUGGCUGCCCAUCUCACAAUGCAUACAUGUUGGGCAGGAGACUGCAGUAACUUGUCGGGGUAAACUGGCAAGAAAACCGCCUUGGAGGAGUCAUUGCUUGAAGAACUAUUGUGGUUUUGCAUUAUUUUUCCUUAGCAAAGUCAGAUUUAUUACUCAAAUAUCUUUCCGAAAUCUGCAUGAAAGAGUUCGUUAUAAAUGAGUAGGUAUUGCUAUGUCUGCUGAAUUCCUUGAUGUCAGUACAGGCCUAAUGUAGAAUUUUAAAAAUAUUUAUAGAACAUUUCUGGAAUACUACUUUAUUAAUUAAUUCAGGUUUAGUGGCUGACUAUGUUCACUUUAAUUCAUACAACAGAUAAACUUCAGCAGAACGAAAAAGAGCCAUUGAUAAUGUAAAGAUAAAGCUGAUGUCAGAUUGUGGAAAUACUUGAGCUUUUUCCUUCCCAGUAUGUUAAGUUUUUAGUCUGCCCAAUACAUUUGCUAAACUUCAUAUCCAUUCAGAAUUUGUACACUAAAAUUGUGUUAAUAACAAAUGAUCACUGAAUAAAACAACCAUGUUGUAAACGUUUAA